AUGCAUCUGUCCUGGCUGGGAGAGCUGCAUAGCACCGUGGUGGCUCACCUGUUGAAUGCCUGCCUGUUCUGUAUCCUGAUGGUGUUCCUGCUGAGCUUCGUCCACAGAGAACACCACGCUGAUGCCUUCAUGUCGCUGUGUGCAGCUGCACACUCCUGCUUUUCUAUGGAUCACUCCUCCUCUCCCUCCUCCUCAUCUGCCUGGCAAGGCUUCAGGAGGAAGGUGAGGCUGCUGCUGCCCUAUGUUUGGCCCAAAGGCGCUGCGGCGCUACAGGGACUCGUGCUGCUGUGUGUGGGCCUGCUAGCAGCGGAGCGUCUGGUCAAUGUGCUCGUGCCGGUUUACUCCAAGAACAUUGUGAAUGAGCUCUCUGCAGGAGGCGGCUGGACUUCGUUGGUUUUCACCGUCUCCAUCUACACACUGCUCAAGUUCCUACAGGGAGGAGGGGCAGGUACCUCUGGUUUCAUCAGCAACCUCCGUCAGUUCCUGUGGAUCAGAGUUCAGCAGUUUACCAGCAGAGGCGUUCAGAGACGCCGCGGUAACAGCCCUAACAUCCUCUCCAAGUCUGGGAUGCAGAGCGGGGGGGAAGAGGAGCAGGACGAGGAGCCGCACACCGACCUGCCCCCCCGCAUGGAGAUCAUCAAGGACCAGGAGGACAAGUCUUCCUCCUUGCUAACAUCUCUUCAGUCGUCCUCUGACGUGCCCAGCGCUGCAGAGCUGGUUAGCGCCAUAGAAAAACUGGUUAAAACCAAGAUGACUCUGGACAAAGGAACGUACCCCGACUUCUCGUCUCUCUCUCCGCCGGAGCAAACCACUCCAGUGCAGCCGCGAAACCCUGAGCUGGAGCAGAGAGCCAAAGCUAUGAGAGGACGGAUGUUUGUCCUUAACGAGCUGAUCCAGACGGAGAAGGACUACGUCAAGGACCUGGGCAUCGUGGUGGAGGGCUUCAUGAAGAAGAUCGAGGAGAAGGGCAUCCCCGACGACAUGAAAGGAAAAGACAAAAUCGUCUUCGGGAACAUCCACCAGAUCUACGACUGGCACAGAGACUUCUUCGUCGGAGAGCUGGAUAAAUGUUUAGACGACCAUGAGCUCCUUCCUCAGCUCUUCAUCAAACAUGAGAGAAGGCUCCACAUGUACGUGAUUUAUUGUCAGAAUAAGCCGAAGUCAGAGUUCAUCGUAGCAGAAUACGAUACAUUCUUCGAGGGACUCCAGCACGACGUCCAGUCCAGGUUGUCCAUGAGUGACUUCCUCAUCAAACCAAUCCAGAGAAUCACCAAAUACCAGCUGCUACUGAAGGACUUCCAGAAGUACAGCAGCAAGGCAGGCAUUGACUGUGAACAAAUCGAGAAAGCAGUAGAUUUGAUGUCUCAGGUCCCUAAACUGUGUAAUGACAUGAUGAAUCUGGGUCGUCUGCAGGGAUACGAGGGUAAACUGACCAGUCAGGGCAAGCUGCUCCAGCAGGAAACCUUCUUCGUCACGGAGCAGGACUCCGGCGUCCUGUCGCGCUCCAAAGAGAGACGAGUUUUCCUUUUCGAGCAAAUCGUCAUCUUCAGUGAGCUGCUCAGGAAAGGAUCGUCCACGCCCGGAUAUCAGUUCAAGAAGAGCAUUAAAAUAUCCUUCCUGGGUCUGGAGGAAAGCAGCGAUAACGAUCAAUGUAAGUUCGUCCUGACGUGUCGCGGCUCGUCGGAGCGUUUCACCCUGCAGGCCGCCAACGUGGACAUCAAACAGAUCUGGGUCCGACACAUCCAGGCCGUCCUGGAUGCUCAGAACAACUUCCUGUCUGCCCUCCAGUCUCCCAUUGAGUACCAGAAGGAGAAGGGCGGAGCGGGCAGCAGCGCCUCGCUGACCAGGAACCGCUCUGGCUCGGGGAACCGUUCUUCUUCUGCAGCGUCGUCUCAAAGCCGCCCGUCAUCAGCCGUCGGCCUCGGAGACAAGGAGACGGAGAGAGGGAGGCCCCAGAUGAAAGGCUCCACCUCCAACGGCGGAUCCACGUGUUUCGAGUCCAGGGACCUUGAAGGCUGUAACGGCGUCUCCUCCACCAUGUUGGUUUCUCAGGACUACUCGGCGCUCAAGGAGAACGAGGUCUGCGUCAGUCAGGGAGAGACCGUCCAGAUCCUGGCCACCAAUCAGCAGAACAUGUUCCUUGUUUACCGGCAGGCCAACAGCCAAUCACCUGCCGCAGAGGGCUGGGUGCCGGGACGCAUCCUGGUCCCGCUCACUAAGUCCAUUAGAGACUCUUCUUCUACUUCCUCCUUUCCGACGUCGGUGGCCGAUGCCAACAANUUUUGA